AUGACGCCUUCCAUCGCCGCCAGCCUCCCUCCACGCUUCCUCAUGCCGGCAUGGCGUGGUGUUUUCAACGCCAACGUCUCGAGGAACACGGCAGCUGUCUGCCGUCGCCAUGCUUCGACUAAGACGCCAAGCAAGCCCAUUGUGCUCGAGAAACCGGCAAAAUUCAACCCUCCUUCCCACGGAUCUCGACUCCCCAGGAACCAGGGCCCGAAACACUAUGGAGGUGCUAUGAGCGAGGCCGAAAAGGCUGUUCAGAAGAGGAGAGAGUACCCCGGCAUGCUGCCGCCCGAGGGAUCAAGAACACACAAGUUCAUCCACAACCGCAACCUCCACCUCUUCAUCUCCCUUGGCACACUAUCGAUCCUCGCUCUCUCCACCUUCAUCCUCAACUUCAGCCACACGUCACCCUACAAGCACCUCCUCCCCAGGCCGUCCGAGUUCUGGAGCAGCCCCAUCGAUUUCAUCGGCACCUGGAUCCGCGUCCUGCAGCUGCACGAGGUCGACCGCAACGAGAAGGUCAUUGCCCAGCACACCGCCCAUACCGACGACGUUGCUAAGCGAGCCUACUACAGAAAGGUGCACGGUCUUGACAAGAGCAACCCAGUCGCCAACUGGUUCAAGUCGAGCAGCGAGGACGAGGACGAGAGUGCGGCGCCCUCUCGCGGCGCCGAGGCCCUCGCGGCCGAGGCAAUUGCCGCUGCGCACAAGCAGGGCACCAGAUAA